GGCACUGCUAAUGAUUGAUGGAGGCAGUGAGAUUGGGUGAUUGGGGGUGGGCUGGGUUGAGGAGGAGGAGAUGCAUUCAGCGUACCUCAGAGGGACAGAUUCUACGGGGCAAAAGGACAGAAGUGGCUAGCGUCUGGUCUAGUGUGCCACAUUUUUCCAUUUGCUCCAGUGCUGAAACCCCACUGACCCGAUUGGAUGGGGAAAAGGGAGGGAGGACUGAGGGGCACUGAAACAGGGUUCUGCGGAGCUGUGCGACGGUUCGGAUUAAACCCUUUCCCUCAGCGAUGACCACCCCGCCGAUGCUUCCCGUCAUGUGGGACCUGGUGCUGUGCCUGCUGCCCUCUCUGGUCCUGCUCCUCACCGCCCUGCUUUUCCGUUGGCCCCCAGUGCGGGCUUGCACAGGGCAACUGGUUCGGCGAGCUGGCCGGUUGCUGUGGGCGUGGUUGUGCUGGUUUCUGGAGCUCCCAUUGGUCCCUGAUGGAAGGAUGGACAGCGAGGGGCCCCAGCUGGUUUGCAAGCCCACGGCCCUGGCCCAGUUCCUGCUCCGGCAUUGUGGGUCCCUGGCCCGGCCUAGCCUGGCCUCCUGGCCCUGGGGGGACCCAAACAUACAGACGCUCUGGAGCCUGGCUGGACCCCUGGGAGCAGGCGGAGGGAUACGGUUUGCCAGGGACUACCUGCAGGUGAAGGACGGCGGUGUGGUGGCCUUGGAUUGGGCAGUAGGACCAAGGGAGGAGGCAGAACCGUGGAGGCUAGGUGGGGCAAAGCAAGAGCAGGGGGCAGGAGGAGGUGUUGGGCGAGGGAGGGCCCUGAGCUGCCACACAUCCUGCCCCCCCAUCCUCAUCCUCAUUCCCAACUCCUGGGGCAGGGUAACCCCCCACCUGCUCCGGCUGUGUGCCCUGGCCCUCCGACAGGGGUACUACCCCGUCGUGUUCCACCGUCGCGGUCAAGGUGGCUGCCCCCUGGUCACCCCCAGGUUCCAGGAGUUCGGGGACCCCUCCGACCUGGUCCAGGCCGUGGCCUACCUCCGUUACCGCUACCAGUCGUCCGCUCUGCUAGCAGUGAGCGAAGGCUCGGGGUCCGGCCUGCUCCUGUCCUACCUGGGGGAGUGUGGGUCCUCCUCUUACCUGAUGGCCGCCGCCUGCCUGUCACCCGUCCUGCAGGGCCAGCUGUGGUUCGAGACGCCCCUGAGACCCCUGUACCGCUGGGGCGUGCUGCUCUACCAAAAGCUGCAGCUCAGCAGGUAUGCUAGUGCUCUGAGCGCAGUGAUGGACGUGGAGCGGCUGCUCACCUGCUCCUCACAGAGGGAGCUGGAGGCGGCCAUGUUCUGCUCUGGGGGAGGCAGCAGGGUGGCAGGGCAGAGCGGGGGCAGGGAGGAGGUGGCCUGGGGCGACUACUGGGAGCGCAACGAGCCGCUGCGGGACGCGGACGAGGUGGCGGUGCCCGUCCUGUGCGUCUGCAGCCGCGACGACCCCCUCCUGCCCCCCGCCUCCGCCCUGCCCACGCAGCUGUUCCGGAACAGUCCCUACUUCCUGCUGGCGCUCACCGCCCGCGGCGGGCACUGCGGCUUCGCCUCGCGGGACAGCGACGGCGGCGCUCCCUGCUGGAGCCACGAGGUGGCGCUGGAGUACUUCCGGGCCGUGGCGGAGUUCCUGCGGGCGGAGGAGAGGAAGGCCAGCGGGACGAGGGGGGCGGCGGCGAGGGGAAGCCCGGCACCGCAGUGGAGGACGGGCGCCGCGGCGACGGCCCGCAGGCGAAGGGCUAUGGUCCUGAGGAGAGCGAGGCCGCCCGCCCGCCCGCCGGUCUGCUUCACCGUGGGCUCGGAGGGGCGGGGGGACGGGGGCAGCUCUGGGGAAGAGCAGGACAUGUUCACCUGGCACAGGUCAUACACACGCUGACCAGACUCAGCUGAGCUCGGCCAGACUUUCCAUUAAUCUGAAAAUACUGAUUUUAAGACCCUCAAAUGUCUCAACCACAGGCCGGGAACUUUGGUUUGUCGUAAGCGUACGGGCAAAAUGCAAUGUGAUCGUAAGACCGUUCUGUAAAUGAGGCCCCUGGUGACUGAAAGAGGGUGUUUCUGAGAAAUUUACACCUGAGGAAGCAAACCCUGCUCGUCCAGUUUUGCUGGAGAUAACCUUCAGUGCCAAUUAUGCUGUCGCCCCCUGGAAGAGUUCAGGAAGUGCAGACUAAGAGUAGAGCCGGCCGGCCUCAGAAAAGGGGAAGACGGGAGGGGAAAUGCGAUCAUGCAGCGCGCCGAGGCGAAAAUCACCAGACGACAAGAUCACCAGACGAAACAGACGAAAGCGGGACAACCCAUGUCCCUUUCGUAAGCACUUUUGACAUCGAGACAAAGCAAAAUGGGGACCUCCUGCAGCGAAAAUAGCAAACGGGACUGCACGUGCGAACAUGCACAUUCAUCAAAAAAGGGGCACUCAAAAAUAGAUCGCAUUGGUUUGCUGACUGGGAGCAAAAUGAAAUGUAUGUGCUGAAAAUAAUGGGCAGUCCACAGCGCGGUACAGCUGGCCAGGGCCUGGUGGGCAGUCAGAGCUGGGAAUAGCACCCGCUCGAUUCCAAACGCGCUGAUUUUUUUGUUUACCGGCAGUUCCGAGCGCAAGCUAAUCACGGAGGAAGCGCAAGGUUUCGAUCGCCACUGUGGGGAGGCGGCACACGGGCACGGGGGACCAUAUCCGAAAAACAGCCCUUUCAGUUAGCUGUUUUUUUUCAUUUAAAGCUUGGGUUGUUGUUUCUUCUUUACUGUUUAAGAGGGAAAAUAAACAAACGCGUUUGGAACAGAACAUGACCAGAUGGGAGACGGUCUGCUGCGCUCCUGAGGUGUUUACGAAGCUCACACGCACAAAUACAUCACUCAUUACUGACCUGUGCCCGGAAAAACAGCAUUUUAACUGCCCGGAUGAGCCUUGUUUACAUUUGUAUUUAAAUAACUUUAUUUGUAUUUUAAUCAGGCAAUUAUAUAUUUUAAAAAAAACAAAAACAGUUCUGUUAUAUUAUUCAAGUAUAUCCAUUUGAUAUUCACUCUACCAGCACUUAUAAUACUGGGGUCAGUCACUUGGUUGUCGCUAAGGAGACACACUGACAAUGAAUGAAGAGGCAGAACUCGAGAUGUACUAAAAUUACUUUAUUACAGUUGAUUCUUUGUCCAGUAUCCCUCUGCCAACACAAGGAGUAAUUACAAACAAAAUAUUACAUUAGACCCUUAAGUCUUUUUUCUUUUCUUCUAAUUUCUGAAACCUCUUUUAUACAUUUUCAAUUCACUUUGUUUUUGUCAUUUUAUGAAUAAUCUUUCUUUUAUGUAAUCUUUCAGACAUUCAGUAACAGGUUUUUCACAAUCUAUACAUUUUAAUACAGGUUAUAUAUGGGUUGUAAUGGUAAUGCUGAACCAGGUCAAAUAUGAUCUUCAAAGAAAAAUAAAAACAAAAAAAAGAAUACUGACAAAUACACUGUACAGAGACGCUCCUCCAACUUUCAUUGACCCCGCCCACAACCACCCUCACUGCUAUCCGCAUUUGCCGGGACUGAGACUGACAAAAGUUGUUCAGCCAAUCACAACCGGUCUACUCACGCAUCAAAAAAAAAAGAAAAAAAGUUCAGAGUUCCGUAGAUGGAACCAAUGCAGUGGAUGUGUUCAUUGGCAGCUCAGUUAUGGCACAGUGUCUGACCAGAGGGGCGGACAUCCGUUCCUUUUUUUAAUUAUUCUUUUUUAAAAAUCAGGUUAUACAUUCAUCUGCUAAAUUUCUCACCUCCCCCUUUGCCAUGGUCUCAGUCAGCAGGACACAAGGGAAUGUUAAUAAAAAAAAUAAAACGAUAGUAGUUUUUUUAAAACAAAGAAAUUUGGCUACAGAAUAAAAUGAGUGAAGAUCAAUAUUUAAAUACGGU